CGUUGAAGGUUCAGUCAGAGAGAGUCUGUCAGCGAUGUUCAUCUAAAAUUUAGAGAUUAAUCUUUUUUAUUGGGUCAAAUAUUGUCACAUGUACAUUUGUGAUGCUGAAGUUUAAGUAUGGAGGUCAAGGCAGUGUUCGAGAUCUGGCCACUGGCGACUCCAUCACUAUCCGCUGCGCUCGACUCAAUCAGCUUCUUCAGGGGAAGUGCAGUGUGUCGGGCUCUACAGGACUGAAUGUAGUGACCAGAGAAGGACUGAUCGACGCUCUGCUUCUGCUCUAUCAGGAGUGCGCCUCACCCGAGCUCAUGAAGAUCAAACAUGUGGCCAACUUUGUCAAUAAAUAUUGUGACGUGGUGGCUGAGGUCCAGGAACUGCUCCCUGGUAAGAGGGAUUUUGAGGUGAAGGGGAUUGUGGGAAGAGGACACUUCUCUGAGGUGCAGGUGGUGAAGGAGAGAGCGACAGGAGACGUGUACGCCAUGAAGAUCAUGGACAAAACCAGCCUGCGUUCUCAGGACAAGGUGGCGUUCUUUGAGGAGGAGAGAGCGAUCCUGGCCUUGAACUCCAGUCCCUGGAUCCCUCAACUUCAACACGCUUUCCAGGACCAGCAGCACGUCUAUCUGGUGAGUGACGUGCUCCAAACUCCCGGCGGGAUCUCCAGACUUCAUGGCCCCUGAGAUCCUGUCGGGACUCGACUGCGGCCCCGAGAGCGACUGGUGGUCCCUGGCCGUCAUCGCUUAUGAAAUGAUCUACAUGAAAUCACCCUUCGCUGACGGCACGUCCACUAAAACCAUCAACAACAUCAUCAACUUUCAGCGUUUUCUGCAGUUCCCAGAGGAGCCUAAAGCCAGCACUCAGUUCCUGGACCUUCUCCAGAGUUUGUUGCGUGGACCUCGGGAGCGUCUGGGAUACGAAGGCCUGCGCUCGCAUCCGUUCUUCGCCUCCGUGGACUGGACCAACCUGAGACGGGCGCUCCCUCCGUUUGUUCCGUCUCUGCGUUCUGAUGAUGACACCUCUAAUUUCGAGGAGCCGGACCGGCCCGUGGUCCCCGCCGCCUCGGCUCUCGAUCGCCCUCGCACUGGCUUCCACGGACAAGACCUGCCCUUUGUAGGCUGGUGCUUUAGUCGGGCUCUGAGCGCACUGGCCAAGUCUGAGUCGGUCGGCGCAGGACUCCACUCUCCUGCCAAGACCAACUCCAUGGAAAAAAAACUGCACAUCAAAAGCAAAGAACUGCAAGACACUCAAGACAAAUGUCACAAGAUGGAGCAGGAGAUCUCGCGGUUUCAGCGUAAGAUGACUGACCUGGAGUCAGUCCUCCAGCAGAAGGAUGUGGAGCUCAAAGCCUCCGAGACCCAGAGGAGCAUCCUGGAACAGGACCUCGCCACCUACAUCACCGAAUGCAGCAGCCUGAAGCGCAGUCUGGAACAGGCUCGAGUCGAAGUGUCACAGGAAGAUGAUAAAGCUCUCCAGCUCCUCCAUGACAUCAGAGAACAGAGCAACAAACUCCAGGAGAUCAAGGAGCAGGAGUAUCACGCUCAGCUGGAGGAGAUGCAGGUGACCGUCAGACAGCUGGAGGAGGAUCUCUCUGCCGCCCGCCGACGGAGCGACCUGUACGAGACCGAGCUGAGAGAGUCCCGACAGACCAGCGAAGACCUCAAGAGGAAAGCAGCCGAGUACCAGCAGAGGAUGCAGAAGGCGAAGGAACAGGGCAAAGCGGAGGUGGAGGAGCUGCUCUCUAAACUCGAGAAGACAAACACCGAACAGCAGCUGAAGAUCCAGGAGCUGCAGGACAAACUCUCAAAGGCGGUGAAGGCGAGCACUGAAGCCACGGAGCUGCUGCAAAACAUCCGUCAGGCCAAAGAGCGUCUGGAGCGAGAUCUGGAGCGUCUGCGCAGUAAAUCUGACCCCAGCGACACACUGCGCAGACGCCUGCGGGAGACCGAGGAGGGCAGAAAGACUUUGGAAAACCAGGUGAAGCGUCUGGAGAUGGUGGAGCGCCGAGAGAAUAAACUGAAGGACGACAUCCAGACCAAAUCCCAGCAGAUCCAACAGAUGGCCGAGAAGAUACUGGAGCUGGAGGAAAACUUGCGGGACACGCAGGCGACGGCGCAGAGGAUGGAAGCUCAUCUGGUGCAGAAAGAGCGGCUCUACGAGGACAAAAUCAAGGUCCUGGAGGCUCAGAUGAAGGCAGAUCUGGCUGAUAAAGACAGUCUGGAGCAGAAGCGAGCUCAACACGAGGAAGAGGCGCGUGAGAAAUGCAAACUCAUCAGUGAGCAGAAAGCAACCAUCAACGCCAUGGACAACAAGAUGAAGAGUCUGGAGCAGCGGAUCUCUGAGCUCUCCGAGGCCAACAAACUGGCGGCCAACAGCAGCAUUUACACACACAAAAACAUGAAAGCUCAGGAGGAGAUGAUCUCAGAGCUGCGGCAGCAGAAGUUUUACCUGGAGUCUCAGGCGGGAAAACUAGAAGCCCAGAACGCCAAACUAGAGGAACACCUGGAGAAGAUGAGCCAGCAGGAGCAGAGCCGGAAGAGCCGUAUCCUGGAGCUGGAGACCAGACUGAGAGAGAUGGGUCUGGAGCACGAGGAGCAGAAGCUGGAGAUCAAGCGUCAGGUGACAGAGCUCACGCUGUCUCUGCAGGAGAGAGAGUCUCAGAUCUGCAGUCUUCAGGCCGCGAGACACGCGCUGGAGAGCCAAUUACAGCAGGCCAAGACGGAGCUGGAGGAGACCACAGCCGAGGCCGAGGAGGAGAUCACCGCGCUCAGGGCCCACAGAGAUGAGAUUCAACACAAGUUCGACGCGCUGAGGGACAGCUGUUCGGUGAUCACAGACCUGGAGGAGCAGCUGACCCAGCUGACCCAGGAGAACGCCGAGCUGAACCGGCAGAACUUCUACCUGUCCAAACAGCUGGACGAGCUGACGCUGGAGAGCGAGGAGCGACUGCAGCUCAGUCAAGAUGUGGACCGUCUGCGCAGAGAAGUGGCCGACCGAGAGAUGCACCUCAACAACCAGAAGCAGAACAUCGAGACCCUGAAGACCACGUGCAGUAUGCUGGAGGAGCAGGUGGUGGAGCUGGAGAGCCUGAACGACGAGCUCCUGGAGAAGGAGAGGCAGUGGGAGAACUGGAGAUCGGCUCUGGAGGACGAGAAGAACCAGGCGGAGCGCAGAACCCGAGACAUGCAGAGACUUCUGGACAACGAGAAGCAGAACCGGUUGCGAGCGGACCAGCGCAGCUCAGAGUCUCGGCAGGCGGUCGAACUCGCCGUUCGGGAACACAAGGCCGAGAUCGUGGCUUUGCAACAGGCGCUGAAAGAACAGAGACUCAAAGCAGAGAGUCUGUCUGAUACUCUCAAUGAUCUGGAGAAGAAACAUGCCAUGUUGGAGAUGAACGCAAGGAGCCUCCAGCAGAAACUUGAGACGGAGAGAGAACUCAAACAGAGACUCAUGGAAGAGCAAGGGAAGCUGCAGCAGCAGAUGGACCUGCAGAAGACCCAUAUCUUCAGACUCACGCAGGGCCUUCAGGACGCGCUGGAUCAGACAGACAUGCUCAAGACUGAGAGAACCGACCUCGAGUACCAGCUGGAGAACAUCCAGGCCGUCUACUCUCACGAGAAAGUGAAAAUGGAGGGAACCAUCUCACAGCAGACCAAACUCAUCGACUUCCUGCAGGCCAAGAUGGACCAGCCCACCAAGAAGAAGAAGGGUAUAUUCGGGCGUCGGCGUGAGGAGGUCGGUGUCACGGCUAACGGAGCCACAGCGCUGUCGUCUCAGCCGGCCCUGCCUCUCCAGUACAGCGACAUGAAGUCAGCGCUGGAGAAGGAGAGAUCGCGAUGCUCAGAGCUGGAGGAGGCGCUGCAGAAGAUGAGGAUCGAGCUGCGAUCCCUACGAGAAGAGGCGGCUCAUUUUAAGGUGCAGGAGCACGUGGCUCCGCCCACACCGGCCUCGGCCCGGCAGCAGAUCCUCAUGUCGGCCAUCGUGAAGUCUCCGGAGCGCCAGCCCAAUCCCAGCAGCCUCCUGAACCCCUCGAGCUCGGCCCGUCGCAAGGAGAGCUCCACGCCGGAGGAAAAGAGGAGGGUGACGUUUGAAAAGUACGGUCGGCGUGUGAAGGAACGGAUGCACCACAACAUCCCUCAUCGGUUCACGGUGGGGCUCAACAUGAGAGCGGCCAAAUGUACCGUUUGUCUGGAUACGGUUCACUUCGGCCGACAAGCUGCUACGUGCCUGGAGUGUCGUACCCUCUGCCACCCGAAGUGUUCCCCGUGUCUGCCUGCGACCUGUGGGCUGCCGGUGGAGUUCGCCACACACUUCUCCGAGGCUCUGUGUCGGGAUAAAGCCAGCUCACCCGCCCUGCAGGUCAAAGAGGCGUCGGGUCACGUGCGUCUGGAGGGCUGGAUGAAGCAGCCCAGGAACGGAAAGAGGGGUCAGCAGGGCUGGGAGCAGAAGUACGUCGUGUUGGACGGGACUAAAGUAUCGAUCUUCGAGUCCGAGCUGUCAGAAGACUCAGUGAAGCCCCUGGAGGAGUUUGAGUUGUGUUUGCCGGACGGUGAGGUGACUGUUCACGGAGCUGUCGGAGCCUCUGAACUCAUCAACACGGCCAAAUCAGAUAUCCCGUACGUGCUGAAGCUGGAGUCUCAUCCUCACACCACGUGUUGGCCGGGUCAGUCUCUGUACUUCAUGGCUCCCAGUUUCCCCGAUAAACAGCGCUGGGUUGCAGUUCUGGAGUCGGUGGUCGCCGGAAGCCGAGGAUCCCGAGAGAAAACCGAAGCGGACUCGGCCGGUGUUAAACGCCAGAAGACUCUCUCGCCGCUGGUUCAGAAGCUGCUGGGGAACUCUCUGCUGAAGCUGGAGGGAGACGACCGGCUGGACAUUAACUGCACUUUACCGCUGACCGACCAGAUCGUACUGGUGGGCUCAGAGGAGGGUUUGUACGCCCUGAACGUCAUCAAGAACUCGCUCACACACAUCCCGGGACUCGACUCUGUGUUCCAGAUCCAGAUCCUGAAGGAGCUCGACAAACUGCUCAUGAUCACCGGUGAGGAGCGUGCUCUGUGUCUGGUGGACAUUAAGCGGGUCAAACAGUCUCUGGCUCAGUCUCAUCUGCCGGCUCAGCCCGAUCUCAGUCCCUACAUCUUCGAGGCGGUGAAGGGCUGCCAUCUCUUCGCUUCUGGAAAGAUCGACAGUGGCAUGUGUAUCUGUGCUGCGAUGCCCAACAAAAUCACCAUCCUGCGCUUCAACGACACACUCAACAAGUUCUGCAUCAGAAAGGAGAUCGAGACGUCUGAACCCUGCAGCUGCAUUCACUUCACUGGAUACAGCAUCAUCAUCGGCACCAACAAGUUCUACGAGAUCGAGAUGAAGCAGUACGUGCUGGAAGAGUUCCUGGAUAAGAACGACGUGACGUUGGCCUCGGCCGUGUUCGCCGCCUCCUCACACAGUUUCCCGAUCUCCAUCAUCCAGGUGUCCAGCGCGCCUCAGAAAGUGGAGUACCUGCUCUGCUUCCACGAGUUCGGUGUGUUCGUGGACGCGUACGGCCGCCGGAGUCGCAGCGAUGACAUCAAGUGGAGCCGUCUGCCUCUGUCCUUCGCGUAUCGAGAGCCGUACCUGUUCGUCACGUACUUCAACUCUCUGGACGUCAUCGAGGUCCAGUCUCACUCAGCGCUCGGGCCACAUGCGUACGCACACCUGGAUAUUCCCAGCCCGCGUUACCUGGGUCCGGCCAUCUCGUCCGGCGCCGUGUAUCUGGCCUCGUCCUACCAGAACAAACUGCGGGUCAUUUGCUGCAAAGGCAAUCUGAGUCAGGAGGGGUCGAGCGCAGAACCGCAAAGAAACGGCUCCACGCGCAGCCCGAACAAGCGUGGUCCUCCGACCUACAACGAGCACAUCUCCAAGCGUGUGGCGUCGAUGCCGUCGGUCCAGGAGGGGAUCCACCAGCCCGGGACGCCUCACCGCUACCGAGAGGCCCGCACCGAGUUCAGGCGCGACAAGUCUCCGGCGCGGGCCCUGGACCGGGAGAAGUCCCCGGGGAGGAUCAUGGACCCUCGACUCGACUGUUCUCCGGGACGCGUGAUGGAGCUGCGCAGGGAGAGAUCGCCCGGGCACGCGUUUGAGGAGCCGAGACAGAGACUGCACACCGGAUCCGCUCGAACACCCAUCAACACCGUCAACAAGGUCUGGGAUCAGUCGUCGGUGUGAGUGACAUCAUCAGAUCCCGAAACUCCCAGCACAACGUCCCGCUCCACAUGGCCUUAGAAACACAACACAGAGAUCUGGCCAGCGUUUACUAGUGCGAACCUUUCUAAACCACACUAACACACACAUUGUUUGUCUUGAUUUUCCUGUCCUUCUCUUUUUAUGUCCGAUGGAAGCUUGUUUCUGCCCCAGAAUAGAAAAAAUAACAACACAAGACGUUUUAAUCGUACGAUUCUGACUUUUUCCUCAGUUGCUAGUUUAUAUCUGUCAUUUAGAAAGUUAUGAGUUUGUUAUUGCGAGUUUACAUCUCAUAAUUCUGGCAUAAUUCACAAUUUAGAUUUUUUCUGUUUCCACCAUGGAAAAAAAUAUUUAAACAGUAUAAUUUUAGUAACAUAAUAGUAACAUUUAUUUCACACAAAAAAAACUAAAUUGUGAGAUUAAAAAGUUAUUAUUAUUGCCAGUUUACGUCUCUCAAUUCUGACUUUUUUGUAGAAUUAAAAAAAAGUUUGAAAGUUUUGAUUUUUAAAAUAAACUUUUUCUCAGAAUUGCGAGAUUAAAAGUAGCAAUUACCUUUUAAAAAAUUAUUCCAUGGUGAAAAGAAUAAAAAAAAACUAAGUUCAAAUUGCGAGAUACAAGCUUGCGACUCUGAGGGGGGAAAUAAUCUAAAUUUUGAAAUAAAAUGUCGCAAUUACCUUUUAUAUUUCUUUUUAAUACAUACUGAGAGAUAACUCAUUAUUGACAAUUUAGUUUUGUUUGUUUUUAUAAUUCAGUGAGACAACCUCGUGGAAAUUAAAAGACAGAUUUGUGAAAUAAAGUUAUAAAUGCCAUUUAAAAAAAAUCCAUGCCGAAAGCUGAAAAAAAAACUUAAUUAUGAGAUGUAAACUCACGAUAACAAGCAAACUUGAGGAAAAACAGUCAGAUUUGUGCAUUAAAAAAAAAUUAUGGUGGAAGCCGAAAUAAAAUGUAAUUGUGAAUUAUGCCAGAAUUAGAUGCAAAAUCGCAAUAACAAGCUCUGAUUUGCAAAUGAAGUGUAUAAACUAGCCUCUAAGGAAAAGCCAUUGUCAGUUUGUAGAUUAAAAUGUCUUACUUUUGUUUUUCUAUUCCGUGGCAGAAAUAAGUUUCUCCCGCACUAUCCACAAUCCCCGGCGACUGCGUAGCGUCCGUCCCGACGGAAGAACGGAAUCUUUGUAAACUUUCAGAAUGUCACGUUUAACCCCUUGUAAAUACACCCACGUGAUGAUUUUUUAUAUAAGACGAUAUCGAAGCGAAUCGCGAGGCGGGUCUAUUUUUGUUAAAAUCGAAGCGCGAGGAACCGGUUUGUAACGGAUGGAUUUUGUCUCAAUCUGAACAUUUUUGCUUGAAUCAAGCUGGCGUGUUUUCGUCUUGUCACGUACCGGCUCGCUGUUCGGUGUCGUGUUCGGAGCAACUCUCGUCGUGGUGUGUGUCGUCCGCUUCCCAUGAGCCAUGAUGAACUCAGGAUUAGAAUGUAUGAAUCCUAAAGGAAUCACUCUGGAAUUUCUCCUCAGAUGAAGUGCCACCGACGCCAUUUCCCGCUCACCGUGAUGAUGUGUUUCGCGCGCGCGCUCGGCUCAUUCGUGCGGUGACGUCUCGCUCUGUCGCAUGGAGACGUUGUAACGGGUUUGUUUUUUCCCGCUUCUCAUUUCUCAUUAUGCGCUAAUCGAUGCCGAUGUUAACCGACCGCUGACCAGAGAUGUAGCGUUAACUUUACUUGUUUUAUCAUUUUUUAUGAUUAUGGUCCAAUAGCAUUAUCUAUAGCCACUAAUAAACAAAAAAGUUAUAUCUUUA